AUGGCUAGUUCUGAUACAUCGGGAGUUCGAGUCGGUUGCUUGAGGGAACCGAGAAGCUGUUCCAGAGGAGAUUACUUGAAGUUAUUUUUACACCUGGAGAGCAGGGGCGUUUCCGAGUACACUCCUUGGUCUGGUGUGCUUUGUGGAGAACUGCGUGACAUCCCGCAAGUCCUUUACAGCUCGAGAUCGACACUCAUUCUAGAGUUUCAUACCGAGGGUGCACCGUCUAAUGCCAGCGGCUUUUCUGGCACUUUUCGUUUUAUCGACAGACGUUUAUUCGAGACGAACGGCGUGCUGGUGCAAGGCACAAUGUGCGACCACGAGUUCGUCAGCUCAAUGCAAUCGACACCGCAGUACGGACGAUUCUACUCGCCGCGGUACCCGUCCUCCUAUCCGAAGAACAUCCGGUGCUCCUACCUCUUCCGGGCGAGAUUGAAGGAGAGAAUUCGUCUAGUCUUCGAGGAGAUUUCCCUGCAAAAAGGAGAUUUGAGUUGCCUGAAUAGGGCGGAUUUAAUCAGGGUGCACGACGGGACGGAUUCAGGGGCGCCCACAAUAGCCGUGCUCUGCAACCAAGGAGCGGAAGUGGAGGUACUCAGCACGGGACCAGACCUCUACGUCGAGUUCGUCGCUAAUUCCGAGUGGCCAGGCCAAGGCUUCAAGGCGAUGUUCCAAUUCCAGCCAUUGGACGAUGCGCCGCAUCCUGAGCUGGACAAGGUCGUCCCAGGGGCCGUUACGGGGAACCCCAAGCACUCGGUCAUCGGACCGGCUGUCAGCGCUACCACGUCACUCUGCGAUGUGGUUUACAACAGUGAUUCAACAAAAACCGGUGUAGUCAUGUCGCCAGCAUACCCGAAUCCAUAUCCAUCCAGGACACAUUGUACAUACGAAUUCCAAGGAAGAGGAAAGGAACGGGUGCAAGUGGUAUUCCAGGACCUGAAUCUGUAUCAUACGUCAAGCGACCCGAACGACUGCGAGGGAGUCGACUCGUUGGUGGCAUACGUGCACAUAGACGGCAAGAAGGACAAGAUAGACUCGUUCUGCGGGGAAACACCGCCGCGGCCUAUCAUGAGCAACGGUCCACGGCUUUCUCUGGAGUUUCAGGGGGUAACGUCGUCCCGCCAUUCGAGAGGCUUUAAAGCGACGUAUUCUUUCAUGGAGAACUUUGGUAUAACGACAGGACGGCAGGAGGAGAAAUAUCCGUGUGCCUUUGUUUUCAACAGCAACGAGACCCGCAAUGGUACAUUCGCGUCGCCGAAUUACCCCGGGCUGUACCCUCGUAACACGGAGUGCCACUACUUCUUCAAUGGUCAGCUUAACGAGCGGGUUCACCUUCAUUUCCACUUCUUCGACGUCGAGGGAGUAUUACCGUGCGAAGCUGUAUCAGCCAGCGAUUAUGUUGAAUUUUCCAACUACAUGGCGAGAGACCGAAAGUACCCGAGGCACUGUGGUCAACUGAAAGAAUUCGACGUUUACAGCGAUAGGAAGUUCUUUCGCGUAACGUUCAAAAGUAACGAUCGCCUCGAUGCUACGGGCUUUAACGCCAGCUACGUGUUCUUGGAUGAGGAGGAAAAUUACACGGUGAAGAUACCUGUGAGCAGUGGAUCGGCAUGGCACGGUGUUGCGCCGCUGCUGCCACCGUUACUAUUAUUGCUGCUGCUGCUGCUGAUUAUGAAUCGCCUCCUUGUCGGCCGGGUGAUGUAUUAAAAAGUGAUCACGGUCAUUUGGAUGGAUCCUGGUUCAAUUUACAACGAACUACAAUUUCGAGAUCGAGAGCCAUCCAGAGAGAAAAAAAGGAAAUCAUCAAUCGCUCAGCUCACCGAGGAAAGUGACGACUUCGUCGAUAAAUUCGUCGAGUGAGAGAAGAAAGGGCGUUACCGAAGUCUAUUAUAUCUUCCAAGAUAAACGACGUCUUGAAUUUAUCCUCACAUCCUUUCUCAUUCUAUCCCGCGUCCGUUCGUUCGCGCGCUCACGUCACGUCGAUGACGCAGUACGGAAGCAAACAUUGGCAUUAAAGGAUCUCCACGUUGUCCGUGCAAUGUGUCGAAGAAACGACUGCACGUGUGUGUUAUUAGUCGCUGCGAGCGCGUCGCAGAGCUAGAGAGCCACAUUAUCGUGAGUACAGAAACAGGAUUAAUUGGCCGUGCGACUAAAUUGGUGCUAAUGUACCGUGUCAUGUAGGUAAACCACAGUUGAAAAAGCUUCCGAGAUAUAUUUUUAUUUUCAACCGCAGAUUUUUAUAUGCUAAUUGGACUACUGACUCUAAAUGAUGCGAAAGUGACAUAGAGUAAACGUCAUAUCAUUUUGCACAGUGUGUGUGCUAUUUCUAUAUGUGUUCAUACUGUUUUAGUCAGAAAGAUAAUACAUGUUACAAUCCAUGUUCUGUCUUAUUAAAACCGCGAAUACUUAUUUUUCACAUUCUUUUAUAUUUUGUUUUCUUCUUUCAAAUACCUUUAAUAUUUAUCAUCCACCGACGCGUGUACUUUUUGAUACUUAAAAAUUUUUAAUUGUGUUAUACGUUGUGAUAUUAACUUCAGCAGUGUGUGUGCGUGUGUGUGUGUGACUAUCGGUGUGAUUUAUACAUGUACGAGUAAAUUCAAAAUGAUAUACUGUCUCAUACUCCCUCCGCUUGGUAGUCGCAUCAGGUAAAAAGUCAGUCAGUAAUCUAAUUAGUACAUAGAAGUCUAUGCUUUCAACUAACAGCAACGUUAGUUCUUCGCAAAAUAUAUCACGAAUUAUUAGCACUUUCCUAACUUAAAGAAAUUUUAUAAUAUUUUAAGAGAAAUGGGAAGAGAGCACGCACACGCAUCCUUUUAUUCGACGUAUCAAUCGUAAAUGAAAAUUUAUAAGAUUCCACGAGUACGGAGUAUUCUUUAAUUCUCAACGUCUCUUUCAAUUUUGUUUCAAAAGUUUUCGAGUUAAAUGCGUGCUCUCAGAAAGAAAUUUGCCUAACGUCAUACAGCCAUUUGAGCCUGAUUUCACUCGUUGAAUGUACAAUAUGUUUCUCACGUCUCGCAUGGAACGAAUUUCUCUCGCAUCUCAUCGUCACUGUCCGAAUAUCAUCCGAAAGUCAUAUUGUAGUGAAGAUUUGCCUUCGUGGAUAUACUACGAACGGACUUAUUACCACAUCCUCUAUACGACUGUGAUGUUCCCGUUCUUUCUUAGUUCACUAGAGACAAGAGCAAGUCUGAUCAUGCGCAAAAGCAGACAUUCGUAUUCGAUAUAAUUAGGUCUUGAAGGUAUAUUAUUAAAUCGCCGACUACAUCGCGGGAAUUUAAAACCGUAUAGUUAAGACAUUAUCGUCAGAAUCCUGGUCUGACAGACGAGCGUCAAACAAACAGGAAAAUUGCAGAAUAAUUUGAAAUGUGAAUUUCAAAUUCAGUGAGAAUACGUAAUCAACUCGUUAAAUGAGAUAUAUAAUGAGAGCAGUCAACACGCAGUUCUUAAAAAAUGUGCGUUCGGUUGAGCAAUUUUGGCGAUGAAUAUUUCGAUAAUGAGCAAUACGUGAUCGGCCGAAUUUACGAGGCUACUGAUUAUCGAGAGAAGUUUGGGAACAUUUUUUAAGUUAGUGGACUGCAUCGAUAUUGCAUAAUUUAAUACCACGUGAAUAUUGAUAUCUACUAAACCCUUUCGACACCUGCAUUUAAUGACGAUGCGGAAGAUCGAUUGUAUUUGGCAUAAACAAUUUUCUCGUUUCUCAUUGAACCGUGUGUGUGCGUGUGCACUUGUUUGUGUGUGUGUGUAUGUGUGUGUGUGUGUGUGUAUGUGUGUGUUAAACUGGAACACAAUAAACUCACAUGAAUUUUAA